AUGGACUUGUGCUCUUUCUGCUGCACCGACGAGGCUGACUUGGGGGUGGCCCCUUACGACCGCAUAGCUGCGCACAUAGGCUUAUCAGCAGCAAAAAGAAAUAAAUCUCAAAAUAGAAAACUCAGAAACCGCGUGAGCUCUGAGGUGUACAGACUGGAGGAGUCGCUGCGGCGCUCUCGCGAGCAGCAGGAGCUGCUGCGGCACCACAAGCAGCAGCAGCAGCAGCAGCAGCAGCAGCAGCAGCAGCAGCAGCAGGGAGUCCCCCGCAGGCACAGCAGCUCGCUGUCGCGCAGCUUCGGCAGCAACAGCAGCAACAGCAGCAAAAGGAACUCCACCGAAUCCGCACCUGCAGCAGCAGCAGCACCGGCCGAAGCAGCAGCAGCAGCAGCAGCAGCAGCAAAACAUGCCAAGAGGGCCCCCAGCAGCAGCAGCAUCGCGUCCAGCAGCAGGCUGACGCAGCAGCGCAGCAGCAGCCCGCCCGGCCCUGCUGCUGCUGCUGCAACAGCAGCAGAGUCUCUCCCGCAGCGUUUGCCUUCAGCUAGACACAAGCAGCAGCAGCAGCAGCAGCAGCAGCAGCAAAGUGCUGCAGCGCAGCAGCAAGAAAAUGGAGAAGCAAAAAGCCAAGAGAUGCGAAGACCCUCAGGGAUCAGGAGACUCAGCGACAUGUCUGAAGCAGAAAAGGCCAAGGAAAAGAAAAGGCUGCAGGCACUUGUCAAAGAAUUUGCAAAAGAAGCUGUUGCAGGCUUUGAGGUGAACCUCGUGGACAUUUACAAAGAAAAAACUUCAACUGCUGUCUUCUCAAUGGACCGGCACUUGCUAUUGCUGAAACUUCAUUUAUUUUUGCAUAAAAUUGAACUAAAUUGA